UUGAUUUUUAUGAUAUGUAUAUAAACAUGCAUAUGUCGGAGCGUGCUGUAUGCACGCACUGUAUGCACGUGUUGCUGCGUGCUGUAUGCGUGAGUGUAUGAGUAUUCUGUUUUGGGUAUUUCGUCAGAAUCAUAAUUUCAUCACAUUAGUACAGUCGAACUUCUCUACAGUGAACUUCCAUAUAAUGAAGCUCUCCUUAUAAUGAACUGGUUUCGAAGACACUGCUUUUUCGUUCUACUUUCGGUGUAUUUUUGUCUCCUUAUAAUGAAUUUCUAUAUAGUGAAGUUUUCUAUAUAAUGAACAAAUUUUACAGCUGGAAAUUCAAGCGUCCUAAGUUUUUGUCUCCAUAUAGUGAAUUUUUUCAAAAGUUUUCUGUUGCAAAAAAUUACAGUUAGAUGUGGAAAUUAAAGCAGAAAGAGCUGAGCUAUUACAGUUUUAUUCCGUGAUUGAAGUUAAAAUGAUGCAUCGAAGCAGCAUUUCGCUUGAAAAAAAGUUAUUAAUGAUUAACAAAGUUAAUGAAGGAAAGAAAAAAAAAAGAUAUUGCCAAUGAAUUCGGAGUUCUUCCCAGCACUUUAUCAAAUAUUUUAAAAAAUAAGGAAGUGAUUUUAAAAAAUGCGGAGGAUGUGGCAGUAAAUACCAAACGCAAAAGACUUCGACCUUGUCAUUUUGAGGAUAUUGACGAAGCAAUGCUGAAAUGGUUACUCGUUGCACGUGGUAAGAAUCUCCCUUUAUCUGGACCAUUAUUGAAGCAAAAGGCCAAAGAUUUUGCGGAAGCACUAGGACACCACGAAUUUGAGGCAAGUACAGGUUGGUUAGACAAGUUCAAAAGUCGGCAUGGCGUUAUUCAAAAGACAUUAUGCGGGGAAAGUGCUGACACCAACAUAGAAAACCGUGAUGAAUGGGUGACGAACGUCUUACCGAAAUUAAUUGAAAAUUACAACAUUAACGACAUUUUUAAUGCCGACGAGACUGCUUUGUUUUUCAAAUGCUUGCCAACUAAAACACUGGCAUUCAAAAAUGAAAAAUGCUUUGGUGGGAAGCAAAGCAAGGAGAGAAUAACUGUCCUGGUGGGAAGCAAUAUGACUGGAUCAGAAAAGCUAAAAUUGCUGGUAAUCGGAAAGGCCAAAAAUCCGAGGUACUUCAAGGGAAUAAAAUCUUUAGGUGUCGAUUAUGAGUUUAACAAAAAAGCAUGGAUGACCAGUGAGAUUUUUACGAAAUGGAUUGUAAAACUCGACAAAAAAUUUUGUGAUCAAAACAGAAAGGUGUUGUUUUUUGUUGAUAACUGCACUGCCCACCCUAAAGAUGUAAGAGACAAGUUGAGAAACAUUCAUCUCGCUUAUUUUCCUCCCAGCAUGACUUCGUUACUGCAACCAAUGGACCAAGGCAUUAUCUACAACAUGAAACAACAUUACAGAAAACGAAUUUUAACGAAUAUAUUGACUCAAGUGGAUGAGGGAAAUUCUGUUAUGGCCAUAGACUUGCUGCAAGCAGUUCGAAAUCUUAGCAAUAUAUGGAGUGUCUAUGUUAAACCGGAAACAGUUGCCAACUGUUUUAAAAAGGCUGGAUUUUCAAAAGAUGUUAUGCAGAUUCCAUUUGAGCAUUGGGAUGAAGAGGACCUUCUUUUAAUAUCGGAUUAGGCCGCUUUACAGUCUUCAUUCAAAAAAGUAGCAAAUAUCGAAGCAUCGUUUGAUGACUACGUAAAUGUUGAUAAUGGUGUGCAGACUUGGGACAAACCAUCCGAAGAAGAUAUUCUCAACAGCAUUUUUGAAAGUCGCGGAGUUCCAGCUGAACCUGAUAACGAUGAACACGAUUUGACCGUUGAAGAAUUGGCAGAAACUGAGGAGGCAUUACCUACGUUGAUACAAGCUGCUUCAUCCAUUAGCGUAAUUAGAGCCUUUGUGGAAAUGAGGAAUGACGUGCCGAUUAAUGUUUUCAACUCUCUACAUGAUUUGGAAGCUUUUAUUGAAAAUGAAAAAUGGAAGACUGUAAUUCAAACCAAACUCACUGAUUAUUUUAAAUAAAAUUACAUAAAAAAUCAAUGUUUCUUUAUAAUGAAGUUUCUAUAUAGUGAAGUGAUUUUCAGGUCCCGUGCGAAUUCACUAUAUGGAAGUUCGACUGUAAUAUUGCA